CCUCAGUGUUCUGUCAUGGCGCCGUCCAGUCCGCAAGCCGGUGUGAAGGGACGGGAUGCUAGGGUUUUUGUUGGCACGACAAGCGGGUUUGGACGACCCUGUUCGCCUUCGGAGAGCGGAGUCCACACGGAGGGUUUUGGGACUGGAGUUAAACAAAGACAGAGAUGUUGAAAGGAUCCAUGGCAGUGGAGUUAACACCCUUGACAUUGACCCUGUUGAAGGGAGAUACAUGUUAUCAGGUGGUUCAGAUGGUGUGAUGGUGCUUUAUGAUCUUGAGAACUCCAGCAGACAACCUUAUUACACAUGUAAAGCAGUGUGUUCCAUUGGCAGAAGCCAUCCUGAUGUUCACAAAUAUAGUGUGGAGACUGUACAGUGGUAUCCUCAUGACACUGGCAUGUUCACAUCAAGCUCAUUUGAUAAAACUCUGAAAGUAUGGGAUACAAAUACGUUACAAAUUGCAGAUGUAUUUAAUUUUGAAGAAACAGUUUAUAGUCAUCAUAUGUCUCCAGUUGCCACCAAGCACUGUUUGGUAGCAGUUGGUACUAGAGGGCCCAAAGUACAACUUUGUGACUUAAAGUCUGGAUCCUGUUCCCACAUUCUACAGGGUCACAGACAAGAAAUAUUGGCAGUUUCCUGGUCACCGCGUUAUGAGUAUAUCUUGGCAACUGCAAGUGCUGACAGUAAAGCAAAAUUAUGGGAUGUGAGGAGAGCAUCAGGAUGUUUGAUUACUCUUGAUCAGCAUAAUGGGGAAAAGUCACAAGCAGUUGAAUCAGCAAACACUGCUCAUAAUGGGAAAGUUAAUGGCUUAUGUUUUACAAGUGAUGGGCUUCACCUCCUCACUGUUGGUACAGAUAAUCGAAUGAGGCUCUGGAAUAGUUCCAAUGGAGAAAACACACUAGUGAACUAUGGAAAAGUGUGUAAUGACAGUAGAAAAGGAUUGAAAUUCACUGUCUCCUGUGGCUGCAGUUCAGAAUUUGUUUUUGUACCAUAUGGUAGCACCAUUGCUGUUUAUACAGUUUACUCAGGAGAACAGAUAACUAUGCUUAAGGGACAUUAUAAAAGUGUUGACUGCUGUGUAUUUCAGUCUAAUUUCCAGGAACUUUACAGCGGUAGCAGAGACUGCAAUAUUCUUGCUUGGAUACCAUCCUUACAUGAAUCAGUUCCUGAUGAUGAGGAGACUUCAACCAGAGCACAGUUAAAUCCAGCAUUUGAAGAUGCCUGGAGCAGCAGUGAUGAGGAAGGAUGACUAUCAUUCUUAGUACCUUUUUGUCUCUAUUGAUGAAACUUUUAAAACAGGACUGUUUUAUUUUUUUAACUGUCCAGUGACAGCUAAAUUAGCCCUGAAUUUGGGUGGUUUUUUUCCUUUUAUUUUAAAAUGAAGUUAAUAGUUGCAUGAAAUCCUGCAACAGAGUUCCAUAUAGUUUAUUUAAUCAGAACAUGUCUCCUUGAUCCCAGUUGCUGUUGUCUGCCGCAGCCCGUAUAGCUGUAGUAGAAGGAGACAGGUCAUGGUAGCCCCUUUGUGGGAACUUGAGCAGAUUGUGUGAACAAUAAGAUGCAGUCUUAGAGGAUGAGCACGUAGAGGUUAUCAGCACUGCCUUUCUUCUGCUGGUUGUACCAUCACCUUGCUCAUUUUCACUUUCAAGAAUGAUUUUACUGAGGAUUAUAUCAAAAAGUAUAGUUGAGAAGUUAACAUCAAAAUUUGUUUAUUAUUAUUUAUGUAUUCCGUUUUUGCAAUGAUUUCAUUUACUUAACCGUUGUCUAGCUUUAUGUUAAAUUUUCUUGAACUCAUUGCCUUCCACAAUCUAAAAAGUGCAUCACAGGAGGUAUUUAACUUAGGGAAAAUACCAUGUUUCCUUUAUUUUAAUGCAUCAGAUGGCAGCUUAAACUGCUCUUCUAUGAAUCUGUUUAAGAUGUGACCAAGUCCUACUUCAUUCAUCAAAGCAGAAAAUAUCCUGGCAGGGAAUUUGGCUUAAACAUGAAAUGUCAUAAAAUUUCUAUUUUAUUUUCCA